UGGCGAUCCAAAAUAUGGCCAACCCUUGAACGAAACCUUAGGCAAGUCUCUACAGCGUGGUACCAUCUUAAGUCUGGGACGAAUCGUUUUUUGGAGGUGUAUAAAACGCUGAAGUUUGCUGGGAGGGUGUUAUCUUCCGUAGAGUCGAGCUCGUCUGCUCCGCAUCUUGCUUCAAGGGAGAGAGAGAAAGGGCUGCCUGGAGAGCCAGCUGAGGCACAGCGGAUCCAGCCUUCAUCGGUUCACUGCCCUGCCGCAAUGAGGGGAGGAAAUUGUGGGAAGAACGCCAAACAAGGCUGUUCGGUCGAAGGUCCUCGUAAGUCCACUGUUGAUGGCGUGUCCGAGAAGGCCGCGGACAAACGCAAUACGGAGAUGUUGGCCAGGAUCAAAGACGCCAUCGAUGAUUUAUUUGCGAAGAGAAGUGGUGAACGCGCGUGGGAAAAAGGCGUGACUGAGGCAGAGGUCCGACACCUAGUUUCUAUGGCUGCCGGUUUGCUCGAUCCCUUUGCCGGAUUCAAGAUAAACCCCAUCCGACAGGGUGAUACGGGAUGUUUCAACCUUCCUGAGGACACCGAUGAACUUGCCAGUCGGUGCUUGGAAGGGGCUGCGACAUCCGAUGGUGGGCAGGUGGGGAUUCCCGUUGCAAACGACGGGUUGGGCGCUUGUGUUUGGAUCGCCCUUGCUUCCGGGGCGCUCAGCGAACGGUGUUCCACCGGGGGUGCUGCGCUUGCCCUCCGUACAGCAGCCAUGCGGAUGGCGCUGCUGAAGAGCCCCGAGUUCCUGAGCCGUGACGGGUACCUUGCCGAGUACCGUUCUCCCGACCUCUUCGAUUUAAAGGAACACGACAUGGUGCUUAAGCUUGCAGGUCGUGAGUGGACGGAGAACAUAUCGCCGGACGUGGCCCGCAUGUACUACCUCUGUGCUGUCAGGAACAACUGCGGUCCUUUCAAGUAUAGCCAGCAGGCGGUCAUACCAUGGGCAGCGGAGGUGCUUGGCUUGAAAGUACGGGUGUUUCACCCAGCCGCUUCAGUUUCGCCGGUUGGCGGAAAGUGGAACAAGCGGUAUUAG